AUGCUAUCCCUCCCUCUGAUACCGCCGCAAGACGACCACUCGACCUGGCUACGCACCACCUACCGCCCUCGUGCCGACAGUCCACCUCCAGCAAACCCUCAAAACGCGGCACAACACCCACAGCAACAUCGCCAGAACCGCCAGCUUCGCGAUGAAGAGAAACGCGCUCAGCAAGCACGAAGCCCACUGGCGCUGCUCGCCGCAGAUGAAGCCGCCAUAGCACAACGCAAGGCCGCCAUUCGCAAUUUUGGCGCCUACUGGAUCCGGCCGCCGGGCGUGCCAAAAACGCUGCAAGCCAUGACUGAAGAGGAGCUGGAACGAAGGGAGCAAGAGGAGAUUGAAAGGCGCGAGCGCGCUAUGGCCGAGCAGGAGGAUCCCGAGGCGCCAGAAGAGAGAGAUCUCGACGACGAUAUUCCUGAAGCAGAGAUCACCGGCGACAUCACGGGAGAUAUCACAGGAGACAUUACCGACGACAUGACGGUGGAGGACACUUUCAACGAAGACAGCAUGAUGGAGGGCAGUAUGCUAGAGCAGCAGGAACACUAUGCUGAGCUCGAAGAGGCAGAGCUCACGGGCGCCGCGCAAGAAGAGGAAGAUCUCGGCAUCGGAGAUGAGGACCUCGGAAUGGACGAGGAGAGGGAUCUCGACGACGACGUACCUGAUGCGGGAAGCUACCAGCACACGGACACAGAGGAAGAAGACUCGAGUUCUGAGGAAGAGAUGUCUGAAGUACAAGACUCUUUCGCCCAGCAGAGUGCUAGGCGGUCGGCGAGGGUGUCGGCGCAGCGGCAACAACAGCAACAACUCCAUUCCAACGCGCAGACUCCAGCUAUGGGCAGUCUGCAGGAGAGGCUGAGAGCACAAGUCGGCGCUUCGGACAGCUUGCCACGAAGCCCGGGCAGCAUCAACCUCUCGAGCUCUAUCUUGGAAAGCUCGUUCAUUGGCAGCAGUCCCAUGAUGCAGCGGGCCACUCAGACAGGCAGAGCCAGAGCUUCAGAUUAUUACGAAAACCACUACGAUACGACCAUUCAUGAACAAUCGAUCCCCACACGCACGAUGGCGAUUUUCCCCGCUCCAUUAGUAUCCGUCGUAUUGGCAGACUCGCCCUCUAGUUCAACUCAACCUACGAAGAUGGAUCGCCCAUCGCUGCAAGACUGGCAAUGGCCAAAUGAGAAGCAGCCCAUCCCAGAGAAGACAGGCUCCAUCGACAUCGAAGCGCCAAGCGUGUCAUCUUCAAAAUCCGCACCGACACCACCAUCGACGAAUUCCACAAGCUCGCAAGAGCAGCCUCCAAGAAGUGCUUCCAGUGCCGCGGCUGCGCGCCUCCCGAGAAUCGCUUGA